AUGGCCCAAACGCGUGGGUUCCAGUUGGGCCGCCAGUUCGCGCGUUGGGCGCCGCUGGCGUCCACAGCGCUGCUUUGGCCAACAGGUCCGCGCGGUCCGCGCUCGCGGGGCAUCCGGAGGUGCUCAGCAGAAGAGUUACGGACGCCCUUUCCAGAGAUCGAGGCUCGCAAGACGGGGAACCUCGUCACCGUAGAUGGGACACACUCCUUGUAUUAUGAGGUCUCGGGCAAUCCAAAGGGCAAGGUCGUCCUCUUUCUGCACGGUGGCCCUGGGGAUGGCAGUAGCCCCAAGCAUCGGCGUCUCUUUGACCCCGAGGUUUUCUGCAUCGUGGCCUUUGACCAGAGGGGUGCAGGCCAAUCCGUUGGAAAGAAGGAGUUCAAUACCACGGAGAAGUUGGACAUUGAGCAGCUGCGGCUGCAUUUGGGCGUCGAAAGCUGGGAGUUGCUGGUGGGUGGCAGCUGGGGUUCCACCUUGGCCUUGGCCUAUUCCACACGCUUUCCAGCGCGGGUGAAAGCCAUGGUACUUUAUUCAAUCUUUAUCCCCAGCCAGGCCUCCAUCGAGUUCCCUUACAGCGCGGCCGGCGCGGGGCUCUUCUUCCCCGAGGCCCACAAGGCCUUCGCCGCCGCCGUGGACGCCACGGGGGCACAGCCGGGAGAGCUGCUUGGGAGGUAUGCGGAACGCUUGGCUUCAGAGGACACGAAGGUCCGGAACGCUGCGCGGAGCGCCUAUCUGCGUUGGAUCAUGCGGUUGUUGAGCUUGGAGCCUGACGAGUCGAUCAUCGAAGAGGUGGCAAGGAACCCGGAAGAUGCAGGUGAUGGGUUGGCGAUUGAGAUGCGAUACAUGGCCAACGGCUGCUUCGUGGAUGCAGACCAGCUCUUGGAAGAGUGCAAGCGAAUCGCUCAUCUUCCCUGCGCCAUUGUUCAUGGGCGAAACGACUUGCUCUGCCCCCCCGGCCAAUGCCUGGCGUUUGCGCCAGCGGCUACCGCGCGCGAAGCUGAUUUUCGUGCCCCAAGCGGGGCAUUCCUCUUCUCUGGCGCCGGCACUGCGGUCCGAGAUCUUGAAGGCCAUCGACGGGCAUCGCUGAGAGAUGAUGUGCAUUGA